AUGAAGAUCUUUGUCUUCACCUUUAUCAUGGCUCUCCUGGUUGCCAUGAUUAGUGCUGAUUCUUCUUCAUCAGAAGAGAAACGUGGUUACUAUAGAAACAGAUAUCGUGGAGGAUAUUAUCCAUAUCCACAGUAUCCACCCAGUUACCCACCAGCAUAUCCACAGCCAUAUCCGUAUCCAUAUCCAUAUCCAUAUGCAGGAAAUUAA